AUGGGGUGGAUGAGUUUAAAGGAUUCUAAACUCGAGGAAGGUUAUGCUUCCACUACUGUUUCACAAUUCCAAACACCAACCAAAGAAUCGAGUCUAGGCAACACCGCGUCACAUAGCGUGGAAUCAGAUGGCAAGAAAAAAAAUCCAUUCGUUUCAUUUGCACAUUCAUUCAAAAUAGAUAAGAAAUCUUAUGUUGAAGGUGGGGUCGAGGUUAUUACUCCCGAGGAUACUCUUAAACCAUACCAGGUCAAUUUAAUUGCACUUGCCUCAUGUAUCGGAUCGGGUCUUUUCAUUAGUAGUGGUUCCAUUAUUUCAUCUGCAGGUGCUGGAGGUGCAGUGGUUGGUUACCUGAUUGUUGCCGUAUUAAUCUUUUUGGUGUCCCAAAAUUUGGGAGAGCUCACAAGUUUAUACCCUGACGUCAAGGGAAAUUUCUUGCAUUACAAUGCACGAUUUAUAGAUGAGUCGUGGGCGUUUUCAAUGAGCUGGACAUAUUGCUUACAAUGGAUUGUCACGGUUCCAUUGUGUUUAGUGUCGGCCUCCAUGACCAUUCAAUUUUGGAAUGACGAAAUAAACUCUGCAGCGUGGGUUGCAAUCUUUUUUGUAUUCAUCUGCUGUACAAAUAUUUUUGGAGUCAAAGGAUAUGGUGUUUCUGAGAGUAUAUUUUCCGUGAUCAAAGUUAUUGCCAUUGCGGGAUUUUGUAUUUUGGCAAUUAUUCUCAUCACUGGAGGCGGCAAACAAGGGUACAUUGGCGGUAAAAACUGGCAUCCUCCAUUUGUCCAUGGAAUCAGAGGUGUUAUAAAUACAUUGGUGAAUGCCGCUUUCAGUUUCUCAGGUACUGAAUUGGCAGCUUUAGCUGCCGGAGAAUCCUUAGAUCCACGUAAAACUAUGAAAAAAGCAGCAAAGCAAAUGAUCUGGAGAGUUGUGUUUUGCUACAUGUUGACAAUAAUCUUGGUAUGCUUCUUAGUGCCGUACAACGAUCCCGACUUGUUGGGUAACUCCAACUCAUCCGCUUCGCCUUUUGUUAUAGCCAUUAAGAAUGGUGGUAUCAAAGUUUUACCAUCCAUCUUCAACGUGGUAAUCUUGUUUGCUGUAUUAUCUGUUGCCAAUGCCAGUGUAUUUGCCACAUAUAAAGCAUUAGUUGAAAUCGGUCAAAGUCGUGACGGACCUGCAUUUUUAGCAUACAUGGAUCGUAGUGGUAGACCAAUUUUCUCGAUCCUUAUUGCCGUGGGCUUUGGCUUGAUUGCUUUUGUUUGUGCCUCUGGUGCUGAAGAAACAGUUUUUGCGUGGUUGCUUUCUAUUGCUGGAUUAUCAUGUAUAUUCAUGUGGUUUUCCAUUUCGUUGGCGCAGGUCCGUGUUAAUUACGCAUGUAAAGUGCAAGGUAUUAACUUGUAUAAGCCAUUCACAUCGUUUGGUGGCGAUUGGGGUGCUUAUGCAUCUAUUUUGAUAAACAUCAUCAUCUUAAUUGCACAAUUCUACAUUGCUUUGUACCCAAUUGGAAGUCCUUCCUUGAAAGCAUCAACAUUUUUUGAGGCAUACCUUUGUGCUCCAGUAGUGCUUGUAUUAUAUGUGGGACACAAAAUCUACUGUAAAAACUGGCGAUUAUACAUCAAAGCCAAAGAUAUGGAUUUGUUGACUGGAAAAAGUCAUGUUGAUGUGGAUCUUAUGAAACAAGAAGUUGAAGAGGAACAAAGAAGAUGGGCACUGAGACCAUUUUGGUAUAAAGCUAUCAACAUCUGGUGCUAA